UUUCCUGUUUUGCGCUCGUGGUUCAGUUGGUCUGCGGCCGUUGAAGUGUUUGCUCGUGCCUCGUUCGCCCGUUCGCUCGUUUCGUUUAUCGUUUUCGUGUGCUCGCACACUACGUAUUACGUAUACGUUGCGCGUCGCGUUUGCAACAGCAAUAAACAGCAACUACGCUCUAACAACAACAACAACAACAACAACAUCAACAAUUCGACAGUAAUAAACAGCGGCAAGCGACAACAAGACUAGCUACAAAAAUCGCGUCGGCAAAAUCGCGCAAAAAUUGACCUAACAACAAAUUAGUGCUAAAUCAAACAAAACAAACCAGAAGAAAACAUAAACAAAACAAAUGUGUGACUAACAUAUGUGUGCAAAAUCACACGCAGUGUUGCAAAGCGCGCGCAUAAACAUGUGUUGAGAAGCGUCUAAAAAUAAAUAUAAAUAACGGCAAUUAUUCAACACGCUCGAGCUUAAGAGCAAGAGAGUGCAAAACAGAAGCAGCAGCCGAAGCAGGAGCAGAAGCAGGAGCACAGAGAUCGUAAUUCUCUGUAGAAUUUUGCGCGCCCCACGUACCACGUAAAAAACAUUCAAAAUUAUACUCGAAAUGGAUAUGACCUCAACAGCGGAGGCUGCCGCUCGCAGCUGGUACGACAGUCCGCGCUUAGGCGGCGGCGGCGGCGGUGGCGGCGGCGGUUCACCCCAAACAAAUGGCCUGGGCAGCGCCGGCAGCAGCCUGGCCCAUAGCCAUCACAGCCUGUCCAGCGGCGCCUCAUCGGCGGGCAGCAGCGUUGGUGCCGCUCUGGGCGGCGGUGCUGGCGGCGCCGGCCUCGGACUGGAUACCAGCGACAUGAGCGCCUUCUAUGCGCUCGAAAGCAAUGGACACCAUCGACGCUACUAUCCCAGCUAUCAUCAGCACACAUCCCGCAUGCCCUCCUCACAUGCCUCGUCCCAAGUGUGCAGGCCGCACUUUCAUCCGCCGCUCAGUCCCUGGCUGACCAGCGAGCACAAAUCGUUUGCACCCGCCAGCGCUUGGGGCAUGGGUCAGUUCGCCUGCCCCCAGGAGCCGCAGGUGGAGCACAAACUGGGCCAGGUGGGCCAAAGCCAUCAGACGACGGCGGCCGGCCAGCAUUCGUUUCCAUUCCCACCGACACCGCCAAAGGACUCCACGCCCGACUCAGUACAAACCGGCCCAUCCGAGUACCAGGCCGUGAUGAACGCCUUCAUGCAUCAGCAGGCCACGGGCUCUACCUCACUGACGGACGCCAGCUGUGCGCUGGACAUCAAGCCCUCCAUACAGAAUGGCGGCGCAGCUGCAGCGCAUGCGGCCAGCGCUGGACCGGCGCAAUCGUCUGCGCCCAAGCAGCGCGAAGGUAGUACUAACAACAACAACAAUAAUACAAAUAGCUCAAAUAGCAGCAGCAACGGCAGCAGCGCCGGCAACCAAGCGCCGCAGCAGCAGCAGCAGCAACAGCAGCAGCAGCAGCAGCAAAGCAACAACAGCAAUGCCUCCUCAUCCGCCUCCGCCUCAACGUCGAACGGCCUAUUCGAUGGCACCGCCCAGGCCCACUAUGCGGCCAACAAUGCCAACAGCUAUGACAGCAGCUAUGCCUCGUAUCAUCAUGCGGCGGCGCAGCAUCAGGCUGCUGUUGCCGCGGCCAACAUGUUCCAAAGUUCCUCCGUGGCAGCGGCCGCUGUGCGGCAUAGCAUGGGUGCCGCAGCGGCGGCGGCGGCGCACCAUCAUCACCAUCACAGUCAUAGUCAUCAUCAUGGUGCGUCCGGCUCCGCGUCCGGCAGCGGCAUUGCGGGGCUGCACGGCAGCGGCGGUGGCAGCGGCAGCGGCGGCGGCGGCAUUGGCAUGAGCGGCAUGGGCAGCGCCAUGAGCAGCGGCGGUCACAGCAGCUCAAGUGGUGGAGGCGCUGGCGGCGUCGGACUCGAUGUGAAGCCCGUGCGCACAAAGCCCCGGACCAGUGCUGAGGGUCGCGAGUGUGUGAACUGUGGCGCUACCUCCACGCCGCUGUGGCGACGCGAUGGCACUGGACAUUAUCUGUGCAAUGCCUGUGGCCUCUACUAUAAAAUGAACGGACAGAAUCGACCGCUGAUCAAGCCAAAGCGAAGACUGACACUACAGUCGCUGCAGAGCGCGGCCAAGCGGGCGGGCACAUCCUGCGCCAAUUGCAAGACCACAACCACAACCCUUUGGCGGCGCAAUGCCAGCGGCGAGCCUGUGUGCAACGCCUGCGGAUUGUACUACAAGCUGCACAAUGUCAAUCGUCCACUUACCAUGAAAAAGGAGGGCAUACAAACGCGUAAUCGCAAACUCAGCUCCAAGUCAAAGAAGAAGAAGGGCCUAGGCGGCGGCUGUCUGCCAAUUGGCGGACAUCUGGGCAUGGGCGAUUUCAAGCCGCUUGAUCCGUCCAAGGGCUUUGGCAGCGGCUUCUCGGCCUCCAUGGCGCAACAUGGACACCUUUCCAGCGGGCUGCAUCCGGCACAUGCGCAUAUGCAUGGCAGCUGGUAUACCGGCGGCAUGGGCGCAUUGGGCGCCUCCGGUGGACUCCAGGGUGGCUUCUCCACGGCCGGUUCACUGGGCGGCGGCGUUGUGCCGCACUCUCAGCCCUAUCACUUGGGUCUCAGCUCAAUGGGCACUUGGCGCACUGACUACACGUGAUGGAGCGGGAACAAUUUGAACAACAACUUGUUCAGCUAGAGCAGCGCCGAUUUGUAAACUGACUUGAUUUCCAAACAAACACAAUGCCAAACUGAGGACUCUCCCUUCGCAGCCACUUGACCAGAGCACAAGCAACAGCAGCAGCAGCAGGAGCAGAAGCAGCGCGUCAGAACCUACAAGCAGGCAGGAGCCACAUCCGUAGAUCUCCUAGCUUAUCUUUGCGGGAAGUGCCGGCGGUGCUGCUGCUCGCUGGUCAAGUGCUGGCUAUUCCUAAUUGUAAACAUUGCGUGCAAUUUUUAAUUAUUUAAGUUUUCGUCGUUGUCGGCCAGCAGCUAAAACAAAGCCCAUUAAAAUUAAUUAAAGGGCCGCACAUAUUAUUUUUAUUGCGCUCGUUUGUGUGUGUAUGUGUGUGUGUGUGUG